AUGAGAGAUUGGGCAAAACCGUUUGGAGAGAAGAUUCAGACUGCUCUCGACGACUACUUGAAAGCUGUUGAUGAGAAAAUUCUGGAGAAAUUCGAUGGACAGGAAAAUAUCGUUGAAAAGGCUCACGAAGCGCUGCUUUUGAUUCAGAAAGCAGAGUCGGAUCCCGAUCAGACAUCGACACAAAAACAGAAAACGAUUGACUACAUUCUGUUUUCACAAACGAUUCCCGUGAGAACGAUUGUUUCCGUUGCCCGGAACAAUGCUGUUUGUGUGCCGAGAACGACCACAACUUCGGCGCCAACAACCACAACAAUGAAUCCGUCUGAGAUCAAAAUCUACCCGUCGGAGCUUCUCGAAGCCAUCGUUCGACGCCACUCGCUGUGCAUUGGUGGAAAAACUCAAUUAUGGGGAAUCGUAUUGGUAUGCGGUUUAAUUUGCGGUUUCAUCGUUCUUCUUUUCUUGAUCGUUCACAGUCAUUUCUCGCUUAAAACCCGAAAAACAAUGACGAAAAAAGUACGCGAUUUGUCGCAUACUCUACUCAUUUCAAUGGGAUUACAGGCCUUGGUCUUUCUCGUUUUAAUCAUUUUACCAAUGCUAACGUUGAUCAUCAAAUUUCAUGAUAACAACUACAAUGAAGCUUGGACAAUCUCGACGAUCACUUUCGCCCUCCACAACAUUGUCUCCUCGAUUUUCAUCGUUCUAUCCACGAAAUCCUAUCGAUAUUUUGCUCUAAAAAAGAUCACUUUUGGAAGAGUUGAUUUGGAAAGCACUAGCAAGAAAAUCACUCCAAAAUUGACGCUAAUCAAUGGACUUUCCCCUCCACGCACAAAUAAUCAAAGAAGACCGGCUUUUAGAACAUUAUUUUAU